AAAUUUACAAAGAAAUUGUGGGAAAUUGGCAGCGAACAUUCAUUUAUGUCUUGAACCAAAUUUUAUGUAAAGCCCCAGUUAUUGCCUGACUGGGAAGUUUGCAGGCAUACUGUUUAACUGCUUUUGAUAAUUUGAAAUGUUCACUUAAGAGUAGAAGCAUUAUUCAUUGAAUUCCACAUUCCCAUGAACAAAUACAAAUACAGCUGAAAGAAGAUUCUUUCCCCUUAGCCUAGAUGAAAAAAAUGUUGGCUUUGGAAGCUUUUGUUUCUAUCUUUGCUUAACCACAGGUUGUAUCCCCCCCCCCCGAAUUGGCAAACUGUUAUUAUUGUUAACUAUCAUUUCAAGAUUGCUUGUUUAAAGCAGACCAUAGUAAACAAUAAUAACAUUUUGUUGGCUCAGAUGACAUGACAAGUUGUGGUGAAAUAGAAGUGGAAACGAAAGGAGAUGGGGGUGUGGGUAAGCUCAAGGAUCACCUAGGCUCAUUCAUGUCUUGCUAAAGCAGGCAUCCCCAAACUUCGGUCCUCCAGAUGUUUUGGACUACAGUUCCCAUCUUCCCCGACCACUGGUCCUGUUAGCUAGGGAUCAUGGGAGUUGUAGGCCAAAACAUCUGGAGGGCCGCAGUUUGGGGACGCCUGUGCUAAAGUAUGAUUUCACGUAAUGUCUGAAUGUAGCCAUUCUGUUUAGCUUUAAUUAUUUGCAAAUCUAAUAGGCCUAAAGAUUAAGCAAGCUGUGAAAUGGAGCCCUAAUUACUAAUUAUUUUGUGUGAUUAUUUCAUUAUGAUAUAAUAUUAAGAAACAUCAUUUUCGGUUGGGCAAAGUAAUAUUUCCAAGUUUGGUCAUUGCUCACUUUUUUAUUUGGGUUCCAGGCAUGUUGUGCCAGCAGGUGAACCUAAACAUUAAUCUAAUUAGAAGGAUUCCAAGAUUGUGAAUAAAGCGUGAAAGUACUAUCUAUUCACACUUUACAAAAAAGUAAUAAUUGACCAGUGAAGUACUGGAAGGCAUUUGAUUGUUUAUUAAAUUUCCCUUAUGUGUCGUUAUUGUUGUAGAGAACCUACAUAACAAAGAAUUAGGCAGAAUUAAUUGAUGGUGCUACAGCCAGUUUAACCUUUACCUUUACCCUAAUAAUUGUGUCAUUCCAUUGGAUUCUAAAGUAAUAAUGUUGAUACUAAUAGUUUGAUUAGAGCACUGGCAUACCCAAGUCCUGUCCAGAAUAAUUUCUUUCAUGUUGUCUGCAAAAUUGUUAUAGCUUUCCAUGUGAAGAACUACCUGAUGAUAUUAAUACUUUUGUUUAUUAAUAUUUGUGUUGUUUGCUAUUUGCUAUAUUUUUCUAUUCCCCUUUGUGCUGUUUUGCUUUUGCCUUUUUUUAACUUUUGCCAUUCCAAGGGUAUGUGUUGGGUAGCAAUUAACAAGUAGAUAAACCCAAGGAUAUGAAGUAUACAAUAAAACCUAGUUGUUCUAUUUAUUUAAAACACUAAGCUUGUGAAGUCAGUCAUUUGCCCAGUUCAGACAACAUAGUCAUGCCAUCAUUGGUGAUUGUAACCUUAAAGGAUCAUGGGCUUGCAUAACCUUCUUACAUGCUGAUUCCUUCAUCCCUUUCCUACUUUCUUCAAAGCAUAAUAUACCAUGAUCUCUGAAUUGGGAAACCAUGGUUUGAGCAAAGAAAAGAAGGAAGGAGAAGUUGGCAAGAAUGAUGAAGCAGGAUCAGAUUAACCCAACUGGUGUUCACAACUGCCAGAAAAUGGUUUGGCUGUGAUCUCUUGAGUCUGACCACAAUUCAAUAAGUGAAAAUACAGUGAUUAUCACAUUGAUUUUCACACAUUUAGUAACAUUUACACAAGUGGUAAUUUUAAUAAGAAUAUGGUCUUUACCUUUUGCCUCUAAUGAAUUGUGUUUGCUUUAUUUGUCAAAGUUUUACUUUCUCCACAUGUCAGCUUUCCUUGCCAAAUUUUGAAUUUGCACAGUUGGCUGUCAGGAUUUGAUUGGCAUUGGUUUACUUUAAAUUUAAAACUCCAUUAGAAGCAGGCGUGGAGGCAGAGAGAAGAAAUAUUUUGUAUAUUGUUAUUUUUACUGGCCUUUGAAUGGCAAUGGCUAAGGUUUUCAGAAAAGCCCAAAGAAAUGAAAAGUUUAGUAGAAAUGCCUAGUGUAGCCCAGACUUAAAGAAUAUCCCAUUCAGUAUGCAGAGACGUUUUUUUAAAUAUUUCCAUUUCAUAAUAGUAUGAUUUCCUCUAGACAAACACCUAGGUAGUGUGUAAAUGAGCAUACUAUUAGUACUAAAUAAACAACACAGGGGAAAAAGAAGCUGUAUAAGCAGCAAGUCAAGGUAGGGGUAUUACCCAACACAGAUAUGCAUUCUUUUUGCCUGCCCUUUCUAUUUAAAGGUGAGGAUUUUUUGAAACAAAGAUUGUGUGUAAGUGUAUGUUGCUUAAAAUAACUUUUUGGCCCAUGCUGUAUAGAAAUGUUGUUUUCUAUCUAUUUGCAUUGGUUUUAAGCCAUAAACCAACUGUACUUCCUAAUGGCAUUUCUAUGCAACUGUAUUUUUUUAUUUUAAACUUUACAUGUGCUUGAAUGCAUGUGAAUACCCCAAAAUUGAGUUACAACAAUCUGAUAUGAGAAGUUUUGACAAUGAGCUGGACAAUGCAAUGGUUUACCUGUAACUUUAAGUCAAACCAUGGUUUAGUGCAGGCAUCCCCAAACUUCGGCCCUCCAGAUGUUUUGGACUACAAUUCCCAUCUUCCCCAACCACUGGUCCUGUUAGCUAGGGAUCAUGGGAGUUGUAGGCCAAAACAUCUGGAGGGCCGCAGUUUGGGGAUGCCUGGUUUAGUGUGUUGUGGGUUAUUGGAGAGGAAAUUGCGAUCGCUGUGCUCCUUUCCUGGUCCUCAUUCUACGGUGAGCUAAGCCAUGGUUUGCUUUGGUCAUCUGAACCCAGGCUCAUGGCUUGUCUUCUUCCAAACUAUUCAUGGGUUUACAGCUCAAGGUUUGCCUGGAGGAGACAAACCACAAGCUUGGGUUCAGACAGCCAUGCUUAAGCAAAUAAUGGCUUAGCUGACAGCAGCAGGAGGACCAGGGAAAGAGUGAAAUGGUGGCAAUCUCUCCUCCAGGGACCUGUGCAUUUGUGCUGUUCGACAGGUUGGUUUAGUGUUGUAUGCAAACCAGCUCUAUGUUGGAGCAUGUAAGCCUUCCAAACUGAACCUUAUUGUGGUUCCCUGUUCUGGGCCUGUAAUCCAUGCUUUUUCGAUCAUUCAUAUCUCUAUAUGUGAAGAAGUUCACUAUAGCUACUGCCUGAAUACAUCCAGGCCAACCCAUCUUCUUGCACCUCUUCUUCGGGAGGACAAAUUUUUAGCUUUUAAGAGAAUAUGAACAAUAUUUUCAAUUGUUCUUCACCAGUUUUGUAAUAUUGAUAGAGACUGAAAAGCAAAACUUCAAUUCUGUUUUUAACAUCUCAUGGCAUUAUAUGUAUAAGACGUAACAUACAGGUUAUGUUCAUUGAAUGAGUGGAAAGUCCAUGUACAUCUAUAGUUUGUUGGCCCACAGGAGCUUGUUAUACCUUGUUUAGCUUUUAGGAAUCAGUUUUAUAUUUCUCACAAUAACUGUUUGCUUUUGCUAGGCACGACCCUGAGCAAAUAAAUGUCUGAAUUUAGACACUGAACUGCUCCCUUUUCUGCAGGCGCUUUGUUUCUUCAGACUCUACUAAGUUCUAAAGAAUCUUUGAGAUGUGUGUGUGUGACAGACAGACAGCCCAUCUGGCUAUUUAGCAAUCACAAGAUUUAAGUGUCCUGAGCUCUCAUAUGGAUCAGAGAUAAUCAUCUCUCUUGUAAAAGGCAGGAUAAACUGGGGCUGAACUCCUAAGAGCUAGAUCAUAGUAAAUGAAAUGCUAUAUCACUGUAAACAUCCAGUUAGUGUAUGUGUGUAGGCGUGUGCGCCCACACCCACGCACAUAUAUGCAUGUAUCUCUUGCUGGUGACCUAGAGAGUUGUGGCAUAUGACCUUUUCAUUUUCUGGGUGUGUGAUUGCCAGAUAUGGUAGUCCACAGCCAGUACACAAGCUAGCCAGCUUCAAACUGUAGCAGCACAAGCUGAUUAAGUUAAGAUGGGCUAAUCAUACAAAGUCUGAGUUGCUCCUGUGCCCUAAUAACCAUAAUGAGAAAAACAUGGUGGGUGGGAGGUUAGGCGAGAGGUUGAGUUGCAAAUAUUCUAUUUAGAACCACUGCAGGACACAUAAUUUCCUAUGGGAAAACUGGAUUUUGCUGGGCUGGGGUUAGUGAGGAGAUGUGUGGGGAAGAGCUUUUUCUUAUUUAAGGGAACUAGGGGUCACAAUAGGUGGAGUCCAAUAAUUUGGGUUUCUUCUCCAUCUUCCUUCCUUGCAAAAAUACAAAGUACACUUAAGAAAUGUAGUAGAACUACUGCCUUGUUCCUACCAUACCACCAGUUCCUCUAAUCCAGUACUGGCUCCUCUGACUGGCAUUGAUUCUCCAAGGUCUCAGGCUCAGGGCUGUAUGCAGCCCUGCUGCCUGGGCAUCUGAAUGUGAAACGUGCUUACCACUGAGUUGUGGCUUCUGUCUUAUACUGUAAAACCAAUUGCAGUCGUUAACAGUUGUCAACAGGUUUACCACACCUAUCAGCCAAUCACCCAUUCCCACCACCCUUCUGAGUAAUAGCCCUCCCCACCCUCUCACUAUAUAUAAGGGUCUGGUGACUUCUGUUUCAGUGUGCACACGAAAGCUCAUACCUAUGGCAAACUUAGUUGGUCUCUAAGGUGCUACUGGAAGGAAUUUUUUUUAAUUUUGUUUUGACUGUGUCAGACCAACACGGCUACCUACCUAUAACUUGAACUAUAACUCUUAUUGAUAUUUUGUAGAGUUCCUGCUCUGCUACACCUCUUGACUUGCUCCUUCUGCUCAAGGCAAUAACUGUUAAUGCACGACAAGUGACUGUUGUGCUCCUGCCCCCUUUUAUUACACUGAUUGUCAAGUGGUGUUUCCAUAGGAUGAACUUUCACCAAAGGACAAAGUGCCUUUCAAGUAGUCUGUGCCUUUUUAUAAAAGAGGGUGUUGUCAAACACAGUUCGUACUGAUGAUGUUGCAACAGGAGGGCUUGACCAAGACUGUAAUUGCCCUCUUUCCUUUUCCUCAUGUUUGCAGUAAAGAUUUAUUCUGAUGAAUGCAGAGUAAACAAUGGCAUUGAUUCGUAAAUGAAGGCAGCUUGGUAAAAACAAUGGGUGUAGAUUUCUCUUAAACAUAACCUUGAGGUAGAUGUGGAUAUUUUAUCAACUAGUGAAUUGUUUUGUUAGUACUAUGGUAGUCUAAGGCUGAGCCAGAAUGAAAGAACAGCCCCCCCCCCAAAAAAACGCAGGUCAUCCCCACAUGAAAAGGACACCACCAACCCCAAUUUUGGCUAUCUCGUGGGAAGCAAAAUAUUUGCUUUAACCACAUUGCUAUGUGGGAUGUAAUUGUUCUGCUUUUGACAAGAGAGGAUUUGCCCCAUGGUCACUUCAUUGUACUGGGAUCCAAACAGUAUGAUACCAGCAUCUGGUGAUAUAAAUACUGGAAGUGUGGUGCAGCAUACCAGCUCAAACACAACCACAGAGCUGAAGUAGUUCUAUUCAAGAUUAGGCAGAAGAAAUGAAGCUUAAAACAAAUGGAAGCUAAGUCAAGGAAGAAAUGAGAAUAGAAACGCCCUGUUGAGAGUUGUUGCACUAGUAAAGGCCAGCCAGAGACUUGGGGUGUGUGUGUGUUUCUAUGCUAGUACAGCCUGACCCCUUCCAGAUCAUUAAUUGGGCUACAAAGUGCAGUUAGUGCCUCCUACACCUGAAGAGAUCCUUCGUAAGUUUCUUUGCAGCCAGGUGUACACUCUAAUUCUGUAUCACCCAGCACACCUUAGGUCCUGGGAGCUGGGACACACAUGAAGGGAAAGGGUCUGUAUCCGUGGUGUGGUGUACAUUAAGGUUGCACUCCCAAGCACAUUUACUAGCGAGUAAGCCCCACUGACUUGCUUCUGAGUUAGUAUGCCCGGGGUUAUGCAGUAAUACAGUUCCAGGAAUUUGGAAGGCUGUACAUUAAAAUGUUCACAGAUGGAACGGAAAUGACUGGGCAUUCAAAAAUGGUUAAAAUAAUAAAUCAGGAUGAGAGAACUUAAAACACCUGGCUUAAAAUGAAUAUAGCUUCUAGGUAAUCAUUCCGACCUAAAUAGAUGGUUGAAUUAAGGCCAGUCCAGAAGUUACAUGGAAAGGCUUCUACGUGAACUUGUUCUGACUGAAUUAUGCCCAGUGCUUGACAACAGUUUUAUGAACUGAUUAAUGAUCUGUGUUCUGUAGGCGCGGGUUUCCGCUUUUCCUGGCCAGUAGUAUUGUUAGCAUUCUACAAGUGCUGCAUUCCUAGAAAAUUAGGAAAGGGUUCCAAAAGGAAACGAUUGAGCAGCAAACUAAACAAAGUAAAAGCUAAUAUUCCUUUUUGAAAACUGAAUCAGAAGUUAUUUCUGUAAAACACCAGUCUCUUUGCUUUUUAGUGCAUCCAUGAGACUUCUUCAUACCAAGCAUGAAUUGAAUCACCUAACCACCACAUAAUUACUCAUUUUGUGCAAUUGUGACAUGUGUCAGAAGCCACCCUGUGAACCAACUCCCAUUAUAUAAAUUAGGUAGUUAUGAUAUGCAUGAGCUGGUCGAGGGAUUUCCUAAUAAUCUAGGUUUGUUAAGAGUGGCCCUCAUAUUUCUCAGUUCCUUCAAAACCUGCUAGGCUGACACAUCUGCACAGAGGGGCACAUACAAAUGCUGCUGCUGCUGCAAGGCAACCUCUGCUUCCCUUCCGCAUUUGUUGUCUAGAAGUGGGAAUGAACAUUCUAUUAUUGUAUUGGUUUGGCUCAGCACACCAGGUCCCAUUUCAUUUUUUAGAAAGUGUAUAGUUUGUUGUUUGUUCAUACUAUUCUAGUGGCAAGACAUCCCCCCCCUCCCCAAAAAAGUUAUCUUGCACAUAAUUGACUGAAUACUGCACUGUAUACUAUGAAAAUGAAUGUCUCAAAUUCAGUUAUCAAAAAACCAAGAUACUAGCCUUUGGGGAAAAAACCUAAGCUUAGAAGCUGGGAACUUCAAGGCCACAAAUUAGAACAAGUCACAAAUUAUAAAUAUCUAGGAAUGGCGGUACAGGCCUCAGGAACCAACAGACUUCAUAUACUGGUAAAUUCUAUCGGGAACUCUACAGAAAAAAACGCAAACUGCAUACUCAACCAAGGGGGCUUUUUUGUCCCCGCGGCCCUCAAACUUACAAGGCCAAAAUGCUGGCACAGCUCCUUUAUGGAGCCUUUCUGGGUCCGCCUUCUUCUACCUUCUCCCCUCUGGAACGCGUUCAACCCAAAUUUCUUAGAGCUCUCCUACAAGUCCCCAGAUGCGUUUCAAAUGCAUAGGUUAGACUAGAAUCGGGGAUGAUAAGAGUGGAGGCUUUAGUCUGCCUAACAUCAAUCUACAAAUGGCUGACAUUGAAUCUGCUGCCUCGAGGAAUAGCCCCAUUGAUCCUCUGCGACCAGUUCCAGUCAGGCUGGCUGACAGCAGUCCUGAACUCCCUCCAGAAACUGGGUUUCGCUCCCCAAGCCCUUCUAAGUCUGGGAUUGGGUCAAGGAAAAGCCACGGUGAGACAAAGAAUCAUAGACACCGAGAGACAACAGGACUGCUCAAGAUGCCCCAACUAUAAAAUCGGAGAAACUGAGAUAUACCGUAUUUUUCACUCCAUAGGACGCACCUAGUUUUUAGAGGAGGAAAACAAGAAUUUUUUUUUUUGCUUUCUUGAAUUGUCCUAGGCAUAGCAGCCAACUCCUAGAGGCCUAGGUGCCUUCCCCCCCGUUACAUAUUUGAGGAAGCUGCUUUUGCAAAGGGGGGAAGCCCCAUUUUUUUUAGGAUCAGCUCAAAGUUGUGCAGCUUUUUUUGCAAAUGGGAAAAGCCCCGUUUUGGGGGGGGGGUCAGCUCAGAGUUGUGCAUCUUUUCUGCAAAGGGGGAAAGCUCCAUUUUUAAAGGAUCAGCUCAAAGUUGCUGAGUAUCCUUGCAAAGGGAAAAAUAAUGUUUUUAUGGGGUUCAACUCACAGUUCUGCAACUUCUCUAGGAAAGGGACCCAUUUCUACAGUUUCCAGACAGAUAUUCUAAUCAGCCAGUCACAUGCCUGCAGACAACAAUUGAGGCCUAGGCAAGGAGCUGGGAGGGGCCUGGAAGGGAGCUAGCUCUCUUAUCUCCCUUCCCGAUCUCUUGCAAUCAGCUGUUGAGCGGGUUCCUUUCUCUUUCCCUCUUGUUAGCCUUUAGCUCUUUUUUUAAAAAAAAGCACGACCUGCCUUUAGCCCCUGGGCAAGUCGGCUCCAGGGACAACGCAUUCGCUCCAUAAGACGCACAGACACUUCCUCUCACUUUUUAGGAGGAAAAAAGUGUGUCUUAUGGAACUAAAAAUACGGUAUUUAGCCACUCCGGCAUCUUACUUCUUCUUUCUCCUAUCCAAAAACACAAGGAGGGCUUUUACACUCGCCAGAAGCUUGGCUCUGCCCUUGCCAGUCCUGGAAGGAUCCUACAAAAAAGUCCCAUACGCUCAAAGACUCUGCGUCUGUUCAUUGGGGGAAAUAGGAAGCCCAGAGCACCUUUUUUUAGAUGCCCCUUCUAUGAAGAGGCACGUAGUGAGACCAUUGAUUCCAUGCUGGUGAGGCUAGCUGACCUCCCGGAAAAGCAAAAAUUCGACCUGCUCCUGUUAGGCAAGGAUCAGAAGAUGACCCGGAUGGUUGCCCGAUUCUGUGUUCAGAUCUGCAGGCAUAGACCUUCCCCUGAUCCAAAUUAGUUCGCUGGAAAACCCCUAAACUUGGUUCCGUGAGCGACCCAGGGUCAGUUGUCUGCGACAGCUUAUCUUAGUUUUUAAGUAUCUAUAUGCUUAUUACAUGUAUAAACAUUAAUUUUACCGUUGUCCAAUGUUUUAUAUGUAUGUUUUGUCUUCUGGGAUUGUUCCCCCAAAUGUGUUUUUAUAAGCUGGUCUCCGACCGUAAUAAAUUAUUCAUUCACUCAACUGAAUACUGCCCUCUUCUUACUUUAGUAGCAUCCAUAGCAAUGCAGGUAAGUGUAUUUUAGAAAUACAGUGUAAGAUUGUUAUAAUGUUGCCUAUAUUUUUUUCCUCUGUUGUAGAACAUUUAUAGGGGGAAAGUAAAUAAUCUAGAUUAUCUGUCAGAUUGAUAAUUAACCAUUUGUUGCAUAGAGAAUGGCUUACAUUUUCCUCUAUGCGGUGUGUGUUCCACAUAAAAUUUCAGCAACUUUAAAAAAAACCAAAGCAUUUAUUUGUGCCUUCAGAAAUCAAAGGAAUAAGGCAGCACUGGAUUCUGGCAACAGUUUGAAUAAAUCAUAUUACAGCUUUGUUCUAUCACAAGUCUAGGAUCUCCAAUUAUUAUUUGCAGGAGAAGUGGCCAUGCAAGGUUCUGUUACGGUAGAUUGGCAAAAACUGCUUCUGAACCCUGAUAAGAUGCAGGCCAUUGUGAGGAAGCUGGAUGACUUUUCUGAGUGAGCUGUUUUGUUACAUGUGUUUGCUGCUUAUCUAGAUCUUUUCAUGUUGUUCUGGUAUAUGUGUUAUCCAUCAAAAUGAUUGAUUAAAGAGAAAAAGGAUUACCACACUGCAGGCUAAUUUCUUAACAAGAUAAUUUUUAGUUUUAAACGUUAUCUCUUCACCUUUUUAACCUCAAAUAGCACCCUUGGCAGCAAAUAGAAGCCAGUCAAGGGGAAUUCUCAGUAGAUUGCUUUUUCUUCAAAAGUGCCAGUUUAAAAACAUUGUUUUAAAAGCAUGAAUAGCUUUUAAACAACUGCAUAUUACUUCCAUGUUCAUUUGUGAAUCCACUUUAUUCUGCUUUCAGUGUAGCUUCUCCUGCCUCAAAUGUUGCAAGUUCCUCAGCACAGGAACCCUGUGUACAGUCAUACCUCGGCUUGCGACCGCAAUUCAUUCCGGGGAGCCGGUCGCUCCCCAAGUUCAUUGUAAACCGAGGGGCUCUUCUGCGCGUGCGCGAAGCGCCGAUAGAGCACUUCUGCGCAUGCGUGCACUGCGGAACCCGGAUGUAACCACUUCCGGGUCCGCAACGGUCGCAAACCAAUCGGUCGCAAACGGAGGCGGUUGCAAACCGUGGUAUGACUAAUAAAUACUGAUGGCCCUCAACUAACAAUUGCAAUGAUUAGUAAUAUUGCAACACAGUUGCAAUUUCUCUACAGUACAAACAAUGUUUUAAACAAAAACUAGAGAAACAUAUAGUUGCUUCCAUUCAGUUUUUGUUUCCUGCCCAUUUUACUUGCAUGAUUAAAAUGGGCUCACAUGGCGAUGUUUUCCUUGAUUAGCAUGAUGGGCUGUAAAAGAGUAAAAGAACCCCUGUGUGCCACCCCCUUCCCAACAGACCAUGAGUAGAAAGAGUCCCUUGAGACUUGGUGAGUAAAUUCAGGCUAUUAAGAACCUGCCAUUUCAAACAAAGGCACCUCCAACAAGCAAAAUGGCUGAGAGUUAUUAGAUGCCUUGGCAGAUGUUGAACUUGUCUGUGUCAUUAAUUUUGCCUUGGGCAGCUUUUCUUGUAGCAGCAAAUUCCAAUACACAUCACUCAGCUUGUGAUGUCCAAAUGCAAAUAGACACACUUUUAUUUUACAUGUUAUGUUUUUGAGAUCAUUUUAUUUGAAAUUGUAAUGGCAUAUUUCCUCCCUGGAUAAAGCUAAGCUAGCCAAAUACAUAUCCCCUAUGCAUUUUUAUGUAAACAAAUGGCAAUGGCAAUCUGAUAAGCCAAAAAACUAGAUUAGGGCUUCUUAUAAGAUAACAUAGGACCAUUUGCUAUGAGUAGUUAUUGUGGAGUCAAGAAGCAAAAAACUGGAAUGUCAGAGUUGUUCUUUCAAUUUUCACGUUAUAUUGGACCCAAGUUAAAACCAGGGAAAUGCCUGAAAUUCUUUACAGCCUGAUUCCUGAUAAGAGAAACCCACUUUAAAAGUUCUGCAGCUAAAUGGGCUGAGCUAUUUGACCGAUGAGAGGAAAUUGUUCAUUGUUGUUUUGAUGUUCAAAAUUCCAAGUGCCAUUCACAAAUGGUUGAACGUGCAGUGAAGGAGGUUACUAGAGCAUCUAGGAUAGUUAUUGGAGAGAAAAAACGUGAUGCUACCAUCAAAGCAACAAUGAACAAUCGCUCUAAAUUCCCAAAACAAGAGACAAAUAAGGACUUUGCACCAAAAUAGACGUUUAGUGUAAUGCAUAAAAGCAUAUUUUAGCAUGAUAUAAUAUGGUGUACAUGUACAAUGUAUAUAUUGCAUAAGGCAUAAUUUUAUUAAUUACACAAAAUGUAAGCAUUUAGUACAAUUUAUACCAAGUAAUUAAGUACAAUGUGAUGUUUUGAUGCAACACAAAAUGUGAGUGGCGUUUUAUUGUUUAUGUUUACUUGUUUAGUACACCGUUUGCUUAAUUGUUCCAUAUAAUUUUUUUCAAAACCAUUGGUCUUUCAUGUAAAUUAUAAACAUGUUUUAUCUUAAAUAAAUAAAUAUUGCAGAAAAUAAUAGUAUGCAACUAUUAUUGCUCUACAUAAAACCUAAAAUUUUUGUUUAUUAGUUCACAAUUUAACAUACUGAGAAUUAAAUGAGUCAAAUUCCUAUGUUUUUAUCACUCGUAGUGAGGCAAAAUUUCAAUCUGUAGGAGCAGGGUCUAAAUAUUAACCGAUUUGUCCCAAAUUUGAAAUUUGACUAUGUUUAUACCAUAAGCCUGAGAUAAGAUCAAGGGAGGAAACGUUUUCGAAUUAUUUUUUUAUCACCCACCCUAUUAUGCAGUCCUUAAUUCACAUGGCUAUUCUAUCAUUUAAUGGACUGGUGCUAUAUGAGAGAGGAAGGGGGGAGAGAGUGUGUCAUAGAGGUCCCGCCACCUGAUUGCCACCCUUAAUCUUGGCCAGACACCAGGGUUUUGUUUUCUUUAAAAUGAAGUUCUGCUGAAACAUAAUGACUAUUACUGACUGCCUAAAAGUACAGUAGUCGGGUAUUGCCUUGUACACAGCUCAACACACAUACAAGAGAAGGAGCAUGGAAAGAAGUGGUAACACAUCAGUAUAUAUCAAGAUAGCCAUAUUGCCCAAUCGGCUACUCUCAAGCAUAAGAAAUAAGAUCCCAGAUGAUGUAAAAGCGUUCUAGGUCCCUCAUCCCUCUGGAGACCCAAAGUUUAUGUGUUAUUAUUAUUAUUUUGCAAUAGCCAAAGUCCAUAGGUUUUCAUACAAAUGCUGAUUUUUUUAAAUAAAAGUUUUGCAUGGCAGGGCUAAUGAAAUCCUAGCUGCAGUUAGCACCCCUAUCAAAAGUUCUGUUUUCUAAAAUUGGUUGAAAAGAUGUGUCAUAUUAUUCCACCUUACCCCUUUUGUAGCAUUCACUUACUUGUGGUGAUAGAGAUUGGUGAGAUCAGCUUGGCAGUUGUGCGCUGGUUUUGACAGUUUCAGAAGGGCUAUUGCAAUCUGCGUUGUAUGAAUUAUCUGUGUAGGAUUAAUUAUUGUAACAAUGCUGCAAUAAUUACAAGGCAACUUUUUCUGCCCUGUAAGGCUCAAUCUAGUGAUACAGUCUUGUUCUACAGUAUUUUGCAUUUCUUGGGUGGGCUGGUGGGGAAUACAAAAAAAAUCAGAAAUCACUAAAAGUGUCCACAUAGGAAGCUAAAAUAGCUUCAAUUCUUUAUCAACAGCAUAUAUUGGAGAAGCAAUUAUAACCUGUUACAGUGCAUCACUGAGUUCAAGGAGUUUUUAAAAAGUUGUGAGGUCUAAAAAGCAACCAUCAGUUUACUUUGCCAGGUAAAUGUCUCAUUUCUUAAUGCAUUGUAUUAUUUUGAUAGGACUAUGAAACUUUGAAUUACUGUUGCAUUCUGAAAUAAAGAGCUUUCAUUGUUGUUAAAGUUAUUGAGGGUUAAAGUAAUUGAGGCCUAUUGAUGGUUACGGCUGAAUUUUUAACAUUCUAAAAUAAAAGCAAGAAUCUGUCAAGUUUGACUAUGCCUAAUACUAUGCUGCACAAUAACUUUAAGGACUUUAUAUAAGAAAUAUAACAUUCCAUCUGUGGUUUGGGAAGUUGCUUGUUUAUCUAGGCGAACUAUGUUAAAAAGAAGAAAGUUAAAGUUAUGCAUUGUUAAUUAAUAUAUAUAGAUAUAUAUUUUAAAGACACUGAAGUCCUACCUUUUAAGCAAGCAAACCUUUAUUCAACAAGCCUUUUAGUAGCUUUCCUAUGGCACUUUGGUGGUAAUUCAGGAAUGCAGGGUCAAACAACAGCCUAGUCAUAGAGUAUUCCCUGAAGGCUUAGAGGCAUUAUGGCAGGCUGUCCAGGCUAAUCAUUUCAAGCGGCCCAUGGAAAACCACUUUCUGGUUAAGUCUGCAUCAUCCUGUUCCACCAAUGGAAAAAAUUGAACAUGAGGAGGGUGUGUAGCUUGCAGACAAAAAUAUAUCCAGCGUAGCACAGGAUCUGUUUUUAGCCCAUAACUGCUGAACAUUUUGGAGACUUAGACAGAGUUUCCUGGCUUACCAGAAGCAGAAAAAAGAAAGGGAGAGUCUGUGUGUAUGUAUGCUAAACGGUUCGGUGACACGUUUGGAGAAACGGACUAGAGCAGAAGCACUGGGCAGCAGAGAUUGGGGGAUUCAUGUGGAAUUAUGUGGGAAGCUUGGUGACCAGCUAUCAAGAUAAUGCCAAGGACACAGACUGGUUAUUCCAUCUACAUUUGAGUGAUUCUUCAGUGAAAAAUGGGGAAUUCAGAAAGCCAGUACAGCCUUCAGGGAACAAAAAACCAUACUAAUUCUACACCCAGUGCCAAGCAAAAGCCUUGUUCUCUGAAAAUUCGCAGCAUCCAUGCUAAAGAUGAGAAGUCCUCUUCCACUCAGGGAUGGAAUCACAGCACCAGCGGCACAAACUACAAAUCUCGAGCAAUAACCAGAAGUUGCCUUUCUCAUUUCAAGAGUUCUCAGCCUUAUUCCUCUAGACUUGGUGACACAGUAGUGAAAGUUUCAAAGGGUAGCAGCCAUGCCAAACAUAGGACGCACAACUUGGGAAGCUACAGUCAUGGGAGCAAUAAUGCAGUUUUGCCUGAGAAAUCGCACUACAUUGACUUUGAAGCUUCCAGCAACCAUGUCGCUUCCAGGGAAUGUAAUGGGCAUUUCUUAAAUUGCUAUGGGAAGAAAGAAAGCCCACCAUCGGAUGACAGAAUGAGUCCAAAAGUCCUCAUUAAGACACUGGGAAAGUUGGAUGGGUGUUUGAGGGUUGAAUUUCACAACAGCAGCAGCAACAACAGCACAGUCUCCAGAGAGGAUUCCAGUGGACCAGUUCAACUCUUGCGGUACUCACCUACUUUAGAGUCUGAAAAGAACAAUGUGCUUGAAGGGAAGGAAACUUCUGGCACAGACUAUGUUGGAAGUCACCGUCUGUCAGCCACUGAUUCAAGGCUUAGAUCCAGUAAAGGGAGCUCUAUUAGCUCGGAGUCUUCAUGGUAUGAUGCUCCGUGGGGAAAUAAUGGAGACAUGAAUGAACUGGAUGGCUCAUACUUGUCCAGGAGUACCCUCGAUGCAAGUAUCCAAGUUGAAUUUCCCCAGAAUGACUGCAAAAAACCAUUGAACCAAAGUUCGUCUCUCUCUUCCCUCCGUGAUUUAUAUAGGGAUUCAAAUCUAAGAAGCUCCCAAACCUCUGAUAUUGGGCUCUCUGCAGAUUAUAUCAAUGCUCAUCAUGCUGGUUUAAGCAACCGUGUUUCAUUUACCUCAGCCAUAGACGUUCCUUCUAAGGUAGAGGACAGGAGACCUCCUCAGUACUCUUCCUAUACUCUGCCCUGCAGAAAAUCUACAACCCUUAAGGAAGAGGCAGCAAAGAAGGAAACACUGAAAAGCCGUAUGCGCAGAAUCAGUGAUUGGACAGGAAGCCUGUCAAGAAAGAAGAGGAAACUACAGGAAACAAAGUGCAAAGAUUCAGGUGAAUACUUUGACAACGGAAUUGAAAGUCUUUCUCCAGACACUCUUGCUCCCCCACAUUUCUCUGGUUCUCUGUGGUCUGCUGGCUCUGGCCAUUUCUUCCCACAGAGAAGUGAGUCUGCUAAUGCAAUCAGCAGUGAUGUCCUGAGACAGAACAUUUAUGAGAACUUCAUGCGGGAGCUUGACCUGAGCAAGACCAACAAUGAAAACACAGACACCUCCACAGGAACAGAGGACUCGAGCAGCGAGUCACUUGGCUCCUUAGAACAACUAGAUCUGCUGUAUGAGAAAGAACAAGGAGUGGUCCGCAAAGCUGGGUGGCUCUUCUUCAAACCUCUUGUGACCCUACAGAAAGAGAAGAAACUUGAGUUGGUUACUCGGAGAAAAUGGAAACAGUACUGGAUAACACUGAAAGGAUGCACCUUGCUGUUUUAUGAGACUUAUGGGAGAAAUUCCAUGGAGCAGAACAGCUCGCCUCGAUAUGCCCUGUUUGCAGAAGACAGUAUAGUGCAGUCUUGUCCAGAACACCCCAAGAAGGAGAAUGUUUUCUGUCUUAGCAACUCUUUCGGCGAUGUCUACUUAUUCCAGGCUACAAGCCAGACUGACCUUGAAAACUGGGUUACAGCAAUACACUCUGCUUCCGCAUCUCUCUUUGCAAAGAAACUUGGGAAAGAAGAUACAAUCAGAUUGCUGAAAAAUCAGACCAAAAGCCUUAUCCAAAAGAUUGACAUGGAUAGUAAGAUGAAAAAGAUGGCUGAGCUGCAACUCUCAAUUGUUAGUGACCCUAAGAACAGGAAAGCAAUUGAGAACCAGAUCCAGCAAUGGGAACAGAAUCUGGAGAAAUUUAACAUGGAUCUCUUCAGGAUGCGCUGUUAUCUAGCCAGCUUGCAAGGCGGGGAGUUGCCAAAUCCAAAGAGCCUUUUGGCAGCUGCCAGUCGUCCUUCGAAGAUGGCAUUGGGAAGGCUGGGCAUCUUCUCUGUCUCAUCCUUUCAUGCACUGAUCUGCUCCAGGGAUGAAGCAGCUCUUAGGAAGCGAACACUGUCUCUCUCACAGAGGGUACGGAGCAAGAAAGGUUUGUUUUCCUCCCUUAAGGGACUGGACACUCUUGCAAGAAAGGCAAAGGAAAAAAGGCCUUCUAUAACACAGAUUUUUGACUCAACUGGAGGGCAUGGAUUUACUGGAACACAGCUACCUCAGAAUUCCAGUAAUUCUACCGAGCAGAAAGUAGAUGAAUUUCUAAAUGUGUACUGCCCAGCUCCAGAAAGUUGUUCAAAAGAAAAUACCUGGGACAUCCAGUCACCUGUUCACUUUCCUGAUGGCCAAGGAGUGAUGCUAACUCUCAAGCCAGAACACAGAGUAGACGAUGUUUUGACUUUGGCAUGCAAGAUGAAGCAGCUGGAACCAAGACAUUAUGGUUUACAACUUAAAAGGCUUGCUGAUGAAAAUAUUGAGCACUAUGUUCCUGACCAGAUAUAUGAUGAAAUAGAAAUCUUUCCUUUAUGUAUCUAUCACGUGCAUCUGACCAAGAAUGAGGGUAUAACUGAUUUUGGAUUUGCAGUCACUGCACAAGUGGAUGAACACCAGCAUCUCACCCAUAUCUUCAUAAGUGAUGUUCUCCCUGAUGGGGUGGCUUACAGAGAAGGGUUACGUGUGGGCAAUGAAAUCUCGACUAUAAAUGGAGAAUCGGUGUGUGAUCUUGACCUCAGACAGAUGGAGUUAUUGUUCUCUGAGAAAAGCGUGAAGCUGACUUUGACUACAAAUCUCGGCAGCAAUAAAAGUGCAUUAUGCACUUCGUGGUCAGAGGGUGACAUUUCCAGGGAAGCAAGAAACUUUCUACCUCCUCCUAACCAGUCACAACUCCUGGAGGAAUUUCUGGACAACUUCAAGAAGAAUACAGCAAAUGAUUUCAGCAAUGUGCCUGACGUUACUGCAAGUCUGAAAAGAAGCAGUACGGAUGGCACUCUGGACCAGGUACCCCAGAAGGAGAAACUUGAAUUACCUUUCCAGAACGCCGAACAGAUUUCAGCUUUGGGUCCCCAUUUCCAUGAAUCUCAGGUAAACAGUAUGGAAGGAAUAAAGAACAUUCCGCCUCUGAAGCCACUGGCACGGCAACUUACGGACGCAGACAGACUUAGGAAGGUCAUCCAAGAGCUUAUGGACACAGAAAAAUCCUAUGUAAAGGACCUGAGCUGCCUCUUCCAAUUAUACUUGGAGCCUCUUCAGAGCGAGACCUUCCUCACUCAAGAUGAGAUGGAGUCUUUGUUUGGCAGUCUGCCAGAGAUGCUGGAUUUUCAAAAGGUAUUUUUAGAGACUCUUGAAGAUGGCAUUUCCUCCUGCUCUGAUUUCAACACACUUGAAACACCUUCUCAGUUCCGGAAACUGCUGUUCUCCUUGGGAGGUUCUUUCCUGUAUUAUGCUGACCACUUCAAAUUGUACAGUGGGUUCUGUGCAAACCACAUAAAAGUCCAGAAAGUUCUUGAAAGAGCCAAAACAGAUAAAGCCUUCAAGGCCUUUCUGGAUGCUCGCAACCCAGCUAAACAGCAUUCUUCCACACUGGAGUCCUUUCUCAUCAAGCCAGUUCAGAGGGUGCUGAAAUACCCGCUGCUCCUGAAGGAGCUGGUAUCUCUCACAGACCCCGAAAGCGAGGAGCAUUACCAUCUCACAGAAGCACUGAAGGCAAUGGAAAAGGUGGCCAGUCACAUCAAUGAAAUGCAGAAGAUUUAUGAGGAUUACGGUGCAGUGUUUGACCAACUAGUUGCUGAUCAGAGUGGAACUGAGAAAGAGGUCACAGAACUUUCAAUGGGAGAACUUCUAAUGCACUCUACUGUUGCAUGGCUGAAUCCAUUCUCUUCAUUGGGUAAAACAAGAAAAGACCUGGAACUUACAGUGUUCGCAUUCAAAAGAGCUGUCAUCUUAGUAUAUAAAGAGAACUGCAAACUGAAGAAGAAACUGGCAACAAAUGUCCGUACUAUGCAUAAUCAUAAUGAUUUGGACUUGUUUAAAUUUCGUUGGCUGAUUCCUUUAUCUGCUCUUCAAGUCCGACUGGGCAAUACAGCAGGAACAGAAAACAAUUGCAUUUGGGAAUUGAUUCAUACCAAGUCAGAAUUGGAAGGAAGACCUGAAACAACCUUCCAGCUAUGUAGCAGUGAUUGUGAAAACAAGACCAAUAUAGUCAAAGUGAUUCGUUCAAUACUGAGGGAAAACUUAAGGCGUCAAAUAAAGUGUGACUCACCUUUGGAGAAAACAUGUAAAAGCCGUCUAGUUCUGCAUAAAAAUCGAAUUCCUGUUUCAGCAAAAUUGGCUUCCUCAAGAUCAUUAAAGUUAAUGAAGAACUCUCCCAGUAAUGAAUGGAACACCGAAGCAGGCAAAGUAAAUGAAUUGGAUUCUGAUGAAUGCAGCCUGAGUAGCAGUACUCCAAGUAGCAGUUGCCAUACUACCGAUAGCAUCCUGGAAUCUAAAAAUUUGUCUCCCGUGAAACAUCUCCAGAACUGUGCAUCAGAUUUUUCAAACAGUCCUGUCAAAGAAUCUGACAUUUUAAGUGACGAUGAGGAAGACUACCAGCAGAUUCUAAAAAAAGCCAGUCCCACAAAAGACAUAGAAAUCCAGUUCCAGCGGCUGAAGAUUUCCGAGAAUCCUAGUGAUGAUACAGAGGAUAAGUAUUCUUCUGAGAGUGAGUAUGGAGAAGGGCGGAGGGUGGGUGAUCACCCUAAACUAGUCAGGGCGCACUUUUGCCCUAUUAAACGGAAAGUGAACAGCAGCACAAGACGCGACAAAGGAACAUUACUGGCAAUGCAAGAACGGCACCAGUCUCUUGACAGCCAUCCAGAUGCUGCAAGUUUUGACCUGAAUUCUAUUUUAGAAAGAGAAUUUAGUGUACAAAGUUUAACUUCAGUGGUUAAUGAGGACUGCUUUUAUGAAACAGUAGACAGGCAUGGAAAGUCUUAG